AUGAAGACAUCAGUAACACCUUCCAGACGGCACAUACUUCGAAAUGCCGACAAAGCUGCACUGGGAAAUGACGGUAUACGUAACAAUAAAUUGAACGCUAAAAAGGUGGGUGAAAAUACAGUAAUUGACAAUAUAUCAAUUCACUCGUCAAGUGAGGAAAGUAAAGAACGCGGUGUAAAGCCAAAUAAACCUAACAACAAACGCGGUACAGGAAAUACUAAGAUGAUACCGCAAGAAAAUAAUCUUAAUGGAAAAUUCGGAAUUCAGAAUAACCAGUAUAAUCCAAGUCAGCAAAAUAACCAAGACGUUAGAAACCAAGAAAACACUAAACGUCCGUAUGGAAACCAGCCAAUCAGACCAAAUCAAAUACAAUCAAAACCAGCGUCAUUUAAUGACUGGCGCAAUCGCAGAAAUCAGAACCUGAACGUAGACUCGAGCGAUGAUGGACUCAUGGUCAACGGUAAAAAAGUGACAAAAAUGCCAGGCAAAAGAGUUAAAUAUAACGGCGAUAAUGGAUUGCCCUCGUCCCAGUCUAACGCUUCCAAAUCGAUGACGUUUAAUAACAGUAACAAUACAGGUUAUGCAACUUAUAACCAAGGUGGUGUUAGCAUUAACUUUAUAAAUGGUGCAAUGUUGAUCAACGGUAAAAAAGUCCCAGGACUUAAAGCAAACGAAGAAGCAGUGAUCGAAUACGGUAAAGGUCUACUUAAGGUCAACGGAGUAAGACAAGCAAUGUUCGACGGAAUACAAGGAAGCGGAAGAAUGAUAGUUUUAGGAGAUAAUUUUUCACACACAGUUUACGACGAAGACGAAGAUAGUCGGAUUGGCCAAGGCUUUACAAACUUAGGAAAUCAGAACCUGAACGUAGACUCGAGCGAUGGUGGACUCAUGGUCAACGGUAAAAAAGUGACAAGAAUGCCGGGCAAAAGAGUUAAAUAUAACGGUGAUAAUGGAUUGCCCUCGUCCCAGUCUAACGCUCCUAAAUCGAUGACUUUAAUAACAGUAACAAUACAGGUUAUGCAACUUAUAACCAAGGUGGUGUUAACAUUAACUUUAUAAAUGGUGCAAUGUUGAUCAACGGCAAAAAAGUCCCAGGACUUAAAGCAAACGAAGAAGCAGUGAUCGAAUACGGUAAAGGUCUACUUAAGGUCAACGGAGUAAGACAAGCAAUGUUCGACGGAAUACAAGGAAGCGGAAGAAUGAUAGUUUUAGGAGAUAAUUUUUCACACACAGUUUACGACGAAGGCGAAGAUAGUCGGAUUGGCCAAGGCUAUACAAA